GACCCUCUGAGCCGGCUCAAGAGUUGAACCUCGACUCACACGAAUCUCAAUACUGGACGGAUUCAACAUGGCGUCCUCUCCAGAGAACCGGGCCUUGCCACUUACCGCUGUCAACAUCGCAGCCUUGGUCCUCGCCUUGACAGUAACCGCCCUUCGAUGUUAUGUCCGCAUCUGGCUGCUCAAAGCCUUUGGGGCUGACGACUGGUUGAUGGUCGCCGCCGCAAUUUGCUUUGCUUUCUAUUGCUCCGUCUCCCUCACUGGCCUCGCCCACGGGACAGGCUACCAUGUGGGCGAUCUGAGCAAAGAAUCCUAUGCAGAAGCUAGAAAGUGGUGGUACUGCUGCUAUCCGAGCUACGCUGUCACCAUGGCAUUGACCAAAAUAUCCAUCGCCUUCUUUUUCCGCCGUGUCAUCGUCGAACGCGUACACAAGUGGAUUCUCAACACCGCUGCAAUCUUGACCGUCGCCAGCUGUUUGGUCUUCUUUUUUGCCAGCAUCUUUCAAUGCUGGCCGGUCAGCUACUACUGGGACAAGUACAGCCAGACGGGCACCUGCAUCCCGGACCGCGUCGUCAUCGCCCUGGUCAUGCUGUUCAGUGUCAUCAACAUCAUCACUGACUUCACAUUUGCCCUGAUGCCCGCCUGGAUUCUGUCCCACCUCAACAUGAAACGCCAGACCAAAUGGGCUCUAUGCCUUCUAAUGGGCCUCGGUUGUGUUGCCAGUGCCGCCGUGGUCAUCCGCCUUCCUUAUGUACAUCUCAUUGCCAGCGACGACUUCUUAUACGACACGAUCGACGUCGCCAUCUGGUCCACAACUGAGCAGUGUCUAGCCAUCACAGCAGGCGGCCUCGCCACGCUGCAGCCCCUGGUAAAACUCAUCGCGUUUAAACUCGGGCUCGGCGGCCGCCCUUCACUACCCACCCCAUCGGGAUAUGGCAACAACAUGCCCAUGCCGACGGGGUCCAUUGCCGUCAAGAGGUCUUUCACACACCGGACCGAGGCCAGGACGUCGGCUCACAACAAGUACGACCAGCCAGGUCUCAAGCUGCAGCCCGUGAUUGGCGAGUAUUCAGCCGAGUGCUACAACACGAGCCAGGAGCUUCUUAGGGUACCGUCAGGGUCUGACGGGAAGCCGUCCAAGGAGUCGGAGAGGAGCUCCGAGUCACGACAUACGUAA